CCCAUGGCCGGCGACUUCUCCCCACAUGCCCGUCCCGUCUUGCUCGGGAGCUUGGUACUCAUCUGCUGCCUGCUGAUAGGGGCGGCCUCCUGGGCUGGUUUAGCUCGGCACCACGGGCUGCGCGUCGAUUACUAUAAGCAGACCUGCGCUUCGGCUGAAGCAGUGGUGCGGCAGGCCGUCGCCAAGGCCGUUGCUCGUGAAUCCGGCGCACCAGCCGGCUUGCUCAGGAUGCAUUUCCACGACUGCUUCGUCAGGGUGUCGCUUGUUAGCAAUGGUCAUGUCUCUAAAGAAUCUAAGUGCUUGAAAACCCGUAGUUCCCACAAAGGAAACUUUGCUGCCGAGGGGCACACUGUCCGGGCCACACUCCUUGUUAGCGAAAUGUAGGGGAAGGAACAAUCAUAUGUUACAAAAAUCUUUGAAAAAAAAAAUUGGUCUUCAGAUCCAGUUGAAAGCCUGAAAAUCUAGAACGGGUUUCAGUUUCCAAAACACUCGUUCGAUGGUUUUUGAAACCCCCUCUCGAACAGGGUUCCAGACACCCUCAAAGGAGAUGAAACCUUACUCGAGCGAGGGUUUGAGGAAGAACAGCCCCUCGUUCAAGCAAGGGUCAAAGAGAGAACAGACCUUUGCACGAGCGAGGGUUUGAGGGAGAACAUACCUCACUCGAAUGAGGUUAGAGAAAAAACGGACAUUCGCUCGAGCAGGAGUCUGUGGGUUUCAGAAACCCUUGCUGGUUUCACUCGAGCGAGGUCUGCGCUCAGGGUUUUCAGAAACCUUGUUUUCUCACAUUGAGAGAGAGAG